AUGGCUCCGUCGCAAGCGCCUUUUCUUUACAGCGCCGUCCACAGCGACUCGCGCUUCCCGGAGCCCAAGUUUGAUCCCAAGGCUGUCACAAGAGCAAGCUGGGAACCUCCCAAGCCGCGAAAGAAGCCCGAUGGACCGCUUGUGUCUUUCAACACGCAUCCUGAUAUGCACCAGGUUCUUACUUAUAGGACCAACGAGUAUGCUUCAAUGAGCCCGCGCAGUAAGAGCUUCAUCAAAUGGCUCCGUCAUGUUCAAUCCGGGCUGCGCGUACUGCAGCUGGUAUCAGCUCUUGGCCUGCUUGCGCUGAUGGUACUCAUUGACAAGGUCCCCAGUCUGGAGGGCUGGGUUAUGAGAAUUACCCCUGGCGUUGUGAUAUUACACUGCAUCUAUGGAAUUUACCAUCUCUCUCGUGACGCCGCAGGGCGAUCGCCUGCAUCUUCUGCAUCCUACCAGCUCUUCUGCGGCGUCACCGACCUUGGUGUCGCUCCUCUCUACGCUUUUGGUGCCCUAUCAGUGCGCACCAAGAGUGAAGACUGGGUUACUCGCCUCUCGGACCAAUCGCUCAUGAAUACCUUCAAGCCUGUUCUUUUCUAUACCUUUGUUGCAGCCGGUGGUCUCCAUCUCAUCAGCUUGGCGAUUGCUGGCUGGCUGGGCUUCAUGUUCCGCAAGAUCAGCUUGAUGCCUCCAGACAUGAACCCUCUCGAGAGUCACUUGACUGCUCGACCAAUGCACAAGAGGAACAAGUCGUCGGUGAUGACCGCUAGCACCAUGGAUAGUGAUGCCCGCCUGUCGACGCCCGGGAGCGCUCGCCGGGAAUCUCUCAUGCCUCAAGAAGGUAUUCAUGAUGGCAUUGAAGCACCACGCGCCAUUCCUUUCACUCAUACCCGCAACGGAUCGAGCACGACAAUUGGAACUCGAGACUCCCGUACCAAGUUCCCACCACCACAAUACCAGAGAGGCCCUGGAAGUCCUCGUCGUGAGCGUCGCGAUUCGGCUGCUUCAAGGGCCACCACACGGACUACUGCCACCCGUUCAAUUUACCACGAUGCCUAUAGCGAGAUUCCCCUCGACGACCAGGCAGGAUCUCGCCCAUCUAGCAGCUACAACAGGCAUAGUCAACCUCGCCCGGCUAGAUUCACCGAGACCUGGAUGCCUACCGACUCACUCAUCUCCCGAACGAAUCAACGAAACCGUGAACUGGAAGCGGCAAAGACGAGUGCUGCGAACCGCGAGAACAAGUCAUAUGAGGCCUUGGCUCAACGAUACGCGCAUGACGAUUCUGAUUCCGAAUAUGGUGAUGAAAACAACCCAUCUUACGACCUUGGUGUUAAUGGCGAUGAGCUGCGCCCUCACCCCCUUCGCCUCAAUCCCCCGGCUGCACAGCAAGAACGCAAAUCCCCUCCUCGCGCCAAGACACCCUUCUUCCCAUUCAAGAACUCGUUGACCGACAUUAGCACAAACGCGAGACGUGUCAGCGCGAGCAGGGAUAUCGCUGACGAGAAGCCAGCAUUGGCUCCCCGCAACCGUCAGAGCUCUAUUCAACCAGAGUGUGAGUUUUAUGCGAGAUCAUACGGAGAACUUCAGAGUGCAACCCCCCCUAUUAUGAUUGGCAGCGAUAAUCGCAAGGUUUCCACGGGUAAUGAUUACAAUCAGAACACUUCCACGGCAUACGGACGCCGUAAUGUUAGUGGUAAAAUGGUAGAGGAAGGCCGAGCGGCAGGGAACCGAUAUUCUUUUCUCGAUGGCCGUAACCCCCUCGCGGAAAGGAGAUGA